AGUUGUCAGCACUUCACGCAGCUGUCAAAACCAUCUGUUCGGAUUUUGUAAAUUGGCGCUUAUAACGUACAUUAGCUUGCUGCUAAAAGUUCUUGCUCAAGAGAUUAAAUUUAAACCAUAUUAUUUACUCGUUGUUUUACUCAUUGUUUAAGCAAUAUUAAUGUUUAAGAGUUUAAAAUUAUUGCUAAAGGAACUUUGAGCCGGCUACUCAAACUAACCUCAACGUGCCGCAGAUUCGGCAACACGCAUUUGCAAAAUAUUUGCAAUUCAACUAACUGACUGCGAAUAACAACAUGUCGAUCAUCGUGGAGUGCAAAAAACUAUGCUUACGCCGCUGCAUGUUGGCGCUGUCCUACAGCAUAGCUAUGCAGUAUUUGCUACUGGCAUUUUUCCUAUUCUUCGUCAAUUUUCAUGUACUGCAUCCUUUGAAUUGGAUAAGCAGUACUAUAAGUGUGCUGUUUUCGUUCUAUACAUGGUUCAGUAUUUUACCACUGAUUGGAUCAGUCGUCUUAUAUAGCAUAUUAUUGGGAAAAUCAUUUCUCGCUGUAAAGCGUUACUAUCCAACACGCAUACAAUGGUUCAUCUACACGGCACCACGAAAAGCGCUGUUUUUCACGCUACAUUUACUGGUUGGUUACUUGACUGCAUGGCUUUACACCAGUUUUUUGCACGUGGAUUACCGUAACAUUGUAUGUGAUUGCUUUGGCACAAAAUGCGUAAAUAGCCGUUAUUUAUUCCUGAUUUGUGUGGGGCUAUUUGCUACUUGUUUGCAUUUCAUCAAAGAGAAUUUACGCACGGAUCCCGAGUUGGAAUUUCCCAUAAUUCAGGAGUUAAUGCUAAUUCGUAUACGAUCCCUCGUUUAUCGCACGCUAUACAAUUCAUUAUUGAAAUCCUUCACACCCACAAUAUGUUUUGCACUAGCAUACUGGCUAAUUGGUGGUUUAAUAAAUCGUUAUUUUGCUGGUGUUUUCGCGGUGGACGUUGAUGAAAGUACAUUAUCAUUUAUUGCUAUUGCCGCAAAUGUGCGACUUUUGUUCUAUGCUUGGAUCUUGGCGGCGCAAAUUUUGAGUAAUAUGCAUCUGAUGCAUCGUUUCUUCGCCAUACAUCUUUCGGAGGAAAUAGCUUUUAUUAUUGAACGCAAACCGGUGUUGUGUGGUACUGGCGUAGAGGAAAUUACUUUAGUGGAUGCGAUUAGCACGUCAUUUGUACCAGUUGUGCAAAAUUUGGGCGCACGAGAUCUGUUUAAUUUGUCCAACAACAAAAUGGAUAGCAGGCGUAAAGAACUUUUUGCACUUUCAGUACCAGGUGCGCAUCCAUAUAAUUGGAAUCAGCUAUCUGCACAGUGCUUAAGCCUUAUUAAUGCCUUCACCGAAGAAUUAGCUGCUUCGAUCAAAAAAAUCACAGCUGUUAAAACAGCACCACUUUUUGCCACAAUCAAGCCUAACACCGCCACCGAAGCCGCUGAAAAGAUUUUGCUACGCCAGUACAACGAGACCUACGGCAUCAGACGCAUGAUGACGGAAACUAGUCAAGAAAAUACUGAGACGGUCAAGAAGAUGUCGCCAGCUUGCAAGCGUAUACACGAUCAGGUGGAAAAAAUAAAGAAACAAUUUGAGCAGACUUUACGUGCCGCUUUCCGUACGAUACCCGGUUUGUAUUACUUGUUUGGCGAACCAGAAGGCGCAAAAACCGCUUAUUUACUCUCAAAUUCGGAAACGAUUUUGUGCAUAGUGCAAGGUUUGGCCGGUGUUUGUACGGCUUCGCUGACCGAAGACAAAUAUGGUGUGGUACAAGUUACGCUACCACAAGUUAUCAAAUCAUUGUUAACACUAAAAACCGAAUUGGAUAAACUGAACAAUGUGAAUUUGAAUGGCCGAAAAAUGGAUCGCAAUUUCAUCACACUGAAGAAUGGCGUCAAACGCAGCUUAUACAAUAUCUGCACAGUUUUCCGCGACUAUUUGCGUGAAAUCGUCGAGAGUCCGGAAGAUUUGCGGAAAUUGCAGUGCUAUGUGCACUAUGUGGAAACGUGAAGUAGAAUUUCUAACUUAUCAUUAAUGAGUUGACUGUUCGUAAAUUAAGUUUAGUUAAACACUUAGAAUAUAAUAAAAUAUAUAACUGUAUGCUUUUUUCUAACUCCAUUAAAUUUUAAGUCAACAAAAACACUAAA